AUGCCUCUGGCACUAAAUGCCGACCCGUGGCGCCCUGUAGAACUAACUCAUGACAGCACUGAGACUGGCAGCAAUGAGGAUAUGCUGCUUGAUGACCAGGGGGAAUCUGAGAAUGAGCUGGAGAUAACAAGUGUCACAAAAGGUGGUCAGAAGGCUGAUCCAAGUCACUUUGAGUUGCUGAAAGUUUUAGGUCAAGGAUCCUUCGGCAAGGUGUUCCUGGUGCGAAAGAUUACAGCUCCUGAUGCUGGGACCUUGUACGCCAUGAAAGUGCUUAAAAAGGCCACACUGAAAGUACGUGAUCGUCAGAGAACAAAGAUGGAGAGAGACAUACUGGCAGACGUAAACCACCCAUUUAUAGUGCGACUUCACUAUGCAUUUCAAACAGAGGGCAAGCUAUACCUGAUUUUGGGCUUUCUUAGAGGAGGGGAUUUAUUCACCAGAUUAUCUAAGGAGGUAAUGUUUACAGAAGAAGAUGUCAAGUUCUACCUGGCAGAGUUGGCCUUGGCCCUUGACCACUUACACGGUUUGGGGAUUGUCUACCGAGAUUUGAAGCCAGAGAACAUUCUUCUAGAUACAGAGGGCCACAUCAAGUUAACAGAUUUUGGAUUGAGCAAAGAGUCCAUAUUUGAGGAGAACAAGACCUAUUCCUUUUGUGGUACAGUGGAGUACAUGGCCCCCGAGGUGGUCAAUAGGAAAGGUCAUGGGACGCCUGCAGAUUGGUGGUCAUAUGGGGUGCUUAUGUUUGAAAUGCUAACGGGAGCUUUGCCUUUCCAAGGCGCUAACAGGAAGGAGACAAUGACACAAAUACUGAAGGCAAAACUUGGCAUGCCACCUUUCCUUAGCCUAGAGGCACAAAGUCUGCUUCGAGCCUUGUUUAAACGCAACCCUGCCAACAGAUUAGGAUCUGGUGUGCAUGGUGUAGAGGAGCUGAAACGACACCCAUUUUUCGCCACAAUCAAUUGGAACAAGCUUCUAAAACGGGAGAUACAGCCUCCGUUCAAACCUGCUGUUGUACAGACGGAUGAUGCAUUCUACUUUGAUAAAGAAUUUACCUCCAAAACUCCGAAAGAUUCUCCUGGGAUACCUCCAAGUGCUACAGCUCAUGAACUCUUCAGAGGAUUUAGCUUCAUCGCACCAGCAUUACUUGAAAGUGAAAGUCCUCCUCCACCUGAACGCCUUAAUAACAACAGUCUUGCCAAACUUCCAGGUGUCAAAACAUCAUCCUUUAGUGAUGACUAUGAGAUAAGAGAGGACAUUGGCAGUGGCUCAUAUUCUGUCUGUAAGCGAUGCAUUCAUAAGGCCUCUGGACACAGCUAUGCAGUCAAGAUAAUGGAUAAAGAUAAAAGAGACCCUUCAGAAGAGGUGGAGAUUCUGUUGAGAUUUGGGCAUCAUCCAAAUGUGAUCACCCUCAGAGAUGUGUUUGAUAAUGGGAGCAAGGUGUACCUGGUCACGGAACUGAUGCAAGGGGGAGAAUUGCUGGACAAAAUACUACGACAGAAGUUUUUCUCGGAACGUGAGGCCAGCAGUGUUUUGCAGAUAAUAGCCAAAACAGUAGAAUACUUGCAUGCCAAUGGGGUGGUGCACAGAGAUCUGAAACCUUCCAACAUUUUGUAUGCUGAUGACAGCUACUCCCCCGGCAGCUUGCGUAUCUGUGAUUUUGGCUUUGCCAAGCAGCUUCGGGCUGAGAAUGGUCUUCUAAUGACUCCCUGUUACACAGCAAACUUUGUGGCUCCAGAGGUACUGAAACGCCAGGGCUACGAUGCAUCUUGUGAUAUCUGGAGUCUUGGAGUUUUGCUGUACACCAUGCUAGCAGGGUACACGCCAUUUGCAAAUGGCCCAAACGAUACACCAAAUGACAUCCUGGCCAGAAUAGGAGAGGGCAAGUUUUCAUUGGUUGGUGGAAACUGGGAGUCGGUGUCUCCACAAGCAAAAGACCUGGUGAAGCGCAUGCUGCAUAUUGACCCACACAAUCGACUCACAGCCACUCAGGUGUUGAACCACCCCUGGAUCGCUCAGCGGGAUUCUCUACCUCAUCUCAGGCUGACCUUGCAAGAUGCACAGCUAGUAAAGGGUGCUGUUGCAGCCACAUUCAAAGCUUUGAAUGAUCAAAAUCUGAAGCAAGCUACCUUAGAACCAGUUGGUGCAUCCAGACUGGCUCAGCGCCGGGGGAAACCCCGUCCAAAAAGUUCAACAGAACUAUAA